AUGAACGCGACUAUAAACGCGUUGAACUGCAAAGUGGAUGUUCUUGCAAGAGCAGCAGAAAAUGCAGGAGGAGGGGGGGCUCAGUCGAAGCAGCAUUAUAAAACUGUUACAGAAGUGCUGAAGACGCGUCUAUUAGAUGUGACAAAAGAGUUCAAGGAAAUACUAACUCUGAGGACAGAGACUUUGAAGCGCCAAGACAGAAGAAGAAAUUUAUAUUCUUUCGGCGGAGACUCAGGUCUUGCAGAUGCAGACGAAGAGGUGUAUGAUAUAGAGGGGGGGCAGAGAACGACUUUGGUGCCUCGCCAGACAAACACAUAUUCUCAAGCCAGAGCAGAGGCAGUGGAGAAUGUACAGCGGGUAAUUGGGGAGUUGGCUGCGAUAUUUCAGCGCGUAGCGACGAUGAUCGCUCACCAAGAAGAAAUGAUUCAAAGAAUUGAUGAUGAUCUCGAUGCCUCUAUGCAUCAUAUUAGAGAAGGUCAAAAUGAAUUGUUGAAUUUUUAUAACAGAAUUUCUUCUAACAGAUCCCUCAUCAUCAAGGCGAGACAAAACACCUUUCUUAUCUGA